AUGACGCCGGCGCGCAACUUUGACAGUGGCAUUGAAAUUGCUAACAGCAGCAGAAGCAGCAGCAGCAACAUAAUAGCGGUAAAAGCCGCUCAGGUGGCAACAGCUGCACAUGACGCCCAGUCAAAUGCAGCCGAGAGCGCGGCCAAAGAGGCGCAUAACCAAUUGGCCGAGAAGGCCGCGCAGGCCUCCAAGGCCGUGCAAGCUGUGCUCAACGGUAAGCGGGCUCUGUUGGAAAAUAUCGAAAAGGAGUUGAAAAUCGACGAGGAACUGCUGGCCAAGUUGCGCGGCUCGUUGCAGCACAGCGAAAGGGCUGCCGAGAAGACCGAGUGUGCUGCCAAAAAAGCCGAAGAUGAUCUGAAUCGACUGCGCGAAAUCGUUCGGCUUCUGAGCGGUAACGUGGCCACUGUGAAUGCGCUCAACGAACAGGCCCAGAUCGACUACAACGAGAAGGUCCAAAUGCUAAUGGCCGCCAAGGAUCGAUCCAAGCGCAUCCAUAAGGACAUCGCCUGCGCCCGUGACGAUUAUCAGAAGGUGAAGGAUGCCGCCGAUCAGGCGGCGAGUGCCGCAGUCCAGGCCAAGCAGAAGGCGGUCCAAACUGUGACCGUUGACAGACGUACGAUUCAGGCGCUGUUGCGUCGACGUCGACAGCAGCAUCCCUUUUGGUCUGAAACCAUAUUCUCUUAG